CCAGUGUAGCUAGUCGGUCGCAAAGAUUGUAAAGCAAUCAGCAAAUCAAAGAGGUUUUUUUUUUCAUUUUGUGAACUUCCUUUGUGCUAGAAGUUAACUUAAUCAACUGAUUUUUUCGUAAUAACAUGGAAAGUGAUUUGAUAUCUCGGUCGGAAGUGUCCGCGAGGCCGGCCGUCAGUAACCUGAACUCCUUGCUGGCCGACAUCCACGUGCGAUACAUCGCGCUGAAGCGGGAGGACUUCCAGCUCCACUACAGGGUGUUCGAUGAGGUGUUCCGUAUACUCCAACGAAACAUGAAGGCCGUCGACAAAUACUAUGAGCGAUAUGUUAGCAACAUCCAAUUUGCAGGCAGUCACUUCGACAAUCUCCGCAUAAACAAGCCGGACGAAUUCGACAUGGACAUCGUGAUCGACGUGCCCGUCAGCAUGCACACAAACCCUCUCGAUCCAGCCGACAGCGAUAUUCUCAUCGAAACAUACCGCCCUGAAUAUUUGUGGCUCCGCGCCGGAACACAGUACCGGAAUUUACCGAACCGCGACAGACAGGAUUUUCAAAUCAAUAAAACGGCUUACGAUUGGCUGGAUAAAAAGAACUUUAUCCUCGGUUCCAAAUUCAUAGUUUGGUUCAAAAGCGUCGGCAACCGAGCUCUCAAUGAAUUUCAAAAGUUGAAUGGUCGGCCCGUAUGCUACGUGGAUGGCGUGGCGUACACGAUCCGUUCGUCUUCCAGCGGGCCAGCUUGGACGAUACACAUUGAAUCCGAGGGGUUCAAGUUGGAUGUGGAUCUCGUACCGUCGCUCAAGUUCCCCGAGAGCAGAUGGCUGGGGAAGAAGUAUCGAAAGAUACCGGCGGGAUGUCGCAGAGAGUUCUGGCUGGCGGUCCCGAAGCCGAACCCCGACGCCCCGCCCACUCCGCACGAAGAGCAGCGCUCGUGGCGCCUCGCGCUGCAGGACCAGGAGAAGCAGCUGCUCAACCACACCUACCAGUUGCGACAGAUCAUUCGUCUGAUCAAAAAAUUCCGAGACGCUCAAGGCAUGGACAAGCUAGCCAGCUAUUACAUAAAAACGAUUUUUUUCUGGGAAAUUGCUGACUUACAAAAUGUUCAAAAAGGCAAAAAAUUAAGGAAAAAAGAAGCUUUUUGGAAACAGAAUGACAUAGCCACAUUAUUCAAAUACAUGUUGCAGAAGUUCUACGAUGCAUUGGAAAAAAAGAGUAUUCCAUUCUUUUGGAAUAGAAGAAAAAAUUAUAUUCAACGUUGGGACAUUGACAGGUUAAAUGAGUACAAAGGUAAAAUCAACAAGUUAUUAAAUGUACUUAAUAACCCUUCUGAUUAUAAAUCGGUCGCGAAAUAUCUGUUAACCGAUAAAGAAUAUCAGGAAUAUAGAAAGUUCUUAUAAACGUAGGUAAUGGAAUAAAACAUCCCAACUAAAACUAAAAACAUUUUUUAAAAUUUAUUUUCGGUCUGUGGUUUCGGCUCGACAGUUUCGCAUUUACUUUUGUAAAAAAAAAAUUUUUUUAAAUAUAGUAAUAGUUUAUAAUACAGAGUGUAACCAGAACACUAGCAAAAACGAAGACAGGUGAUAGUACUGAAUACUGAUAGGAUUAUGGACACCAUAACAAAAAACUACGAAAAAAAUUUAAAAAUUAUAUAAUAUAUUUUUUAAGUUCCCAGCCUGAAGGAAGUACUUAGGAGGAGUUGAAAAAUGACAGUGAUUUUAAUAGUAUUUUUGUUUUUUUUUAUUUAGGUGUAGGUAGUAUAUUUGUUUAAAAUAGAAAUAUCCAUAAUUAAAAAUAAUCAAUUCUUUCACAGGAAAAAAUCCAAAAUAUUCUGCUGCAUAAUUCGACAUAAUGCAUAGUUAACAUUUUUUAUAUUAAGCCUAACUAAGUACCUACCUGCACUAUUUUUUUGCUUAUAUUUUUCUUGGUACGUGUGAAUUAUAUUUUACUCUUUACAUAUUUUUGUUAAAAAUCAGUUUCAUUGUACUCAUCUUAAUAAUAUUAUUACUUACAAAUGAAGUCCACAAGAUUUAUGCUUACUCGUAUUUUUUAUAAUUGAUUCAAUAGGUAGGUAUACCUAACUAUUCUUAUUAAGUUAGUAAAUAUAAAUGUUAAUUUUUA